GCUGCAUCAAUUCCUGAAACUGGUGAUGUGUAUAUCUGGGAUUUAUCGCAGCGCUAUAAGUCUCUAGAGAGCCCCAGUGCCACCAUACCCAUGAGUGCAAACAACCCUACUGCGACGCCCAGGGUGGGCAGGCAUGACGAAGGCCACUCGGUUGAUUGACCAAACCCACCAGAUGUCAUGGGGUGGAUAGCUACUGGGGAUACUUCCCGCCAGAUCUUUCUCUUUUUAAGAAAGCAAGGCAGUACUUGGGCCAUGGAUUAUGGCCCGCCGAAGGGGCAUACAGGGAGUAUCGAAGACCUCCUGCAGUUUCCUGAUGAGCUCCACCUCUUUGCCUCUGCAUAUUCCGAUGGAACAGUCGAGAUCUAUAAUACCUAUGACAAGGCCAUGGGGUGCCAAUUGUCGGUCGACUUUUAACCCCCAGAUGUCAGCAUCACAUCCAGUGUCGGAAGGUACACUAUCUCUUUGCCACCAGAGCCGCCGACUAUGCAGUCUAGGGCAUCUUAGAUCUUAGAACCUUCCCUAACAAGCUCCACGGUGAACAUGUAUCUGCUCUGUGAACUUCACUUUCCACUAGCAGCCAAUCACGAGUAUUAACUUUUACCCUAGUGAUGAUAGUAUUGUUGCCGUUACGUCAGCGGACUCAACAAUAAUGCCCUGUGACUUGAGUGCCGAGUUGGAUGACGAUGAUAGUAAGGAUGCUGGUGCUGUGGAUGGUAUUCCACCCAGAUAUUGUUUGUCUACUAUCGCAAGGAUAUUGGGAAACUCCAUCGGCAGUGGCAAGUGCUAGAGGUGGUUUUCAGGACCAAGGGUCAAGGGUUUAGGUACUUU